AAUAUCGACAGUGCCAGCUGGUAGUACUAAGAAGAUAAUUUAAUACCUUUUUUCUGAAAAAUAUAAGAAAGAUGAAAUAGUAAUUUCUGUAGUUUGUGUUUCCUAUAUGCCAGGAGAGAUUCCAAUGACAUGUCUUUAAGGGUGCUGGUGUUGGGUGAAUGACCUUGAGCAGCCUUCUAACCACCCCCACUGCCUUGCGCCUGAGUUACUGCUUCUGCAGAGUGGGGAGACUCACAUCAUCUCUGUUCUUAGCAGAGCUCUUCUCAGGGUAAAAUAGAUGGGACAUCGCUCUGAAAGGUCAAAGGUACCCUGCAAACGUGCUAAUUCCUACGGAGUAAAAUAAGGCAGGGCAAGGAGAAUAGCGAGUUUGCCCUUUUAAGUGUCAGCAUUCAGCUUAAAUGUCACAUCCUUGGAAAUCAUCUCCCCUGGAUUUCUAACCUGGUGUGGAAAUUAUCGACUGCAUAUAUGACCUACAUCUCACGGUAACCUGUUUGUGCAUCUGUAUGUGUGUCUCUGUGUGUCUUUGCAGCACACAAGGGAUGGAAACAGGCCCCAGAGGUAAAGAAUCUUCCAGUAAGGAGUUUCCCAAGAAGCCUGCCUCUAGGAAAAGCAGUGAAAGACAAAGACAGGAUAUCAACAAAGAAAUUCUGUCUUUUAAUGGGGACAAAUAUUGAUAAAGAUUUGGAAUGAAAUUAUGUAAUGGCAUCUUUCUAUAUUGACAGAGAGUACUGCACUUUUUGGGAUACCUCUGGCUACAUGGCAGAGAAGAACCUGACCUUAGUGACAGAGUUCCUCCUCAUCGCCUUCACAGGCUGUCCUGCGCAGGCAGUCCCUCUCUUCCUCCUGUUUCUGUUUAUCUAUCUCAUCACCUUGUUAGGGAACGUGAGCAUGACUGUCCUGAUCUCUGUUGAUGGCCGGCUCCACACCCCGAUGUACUUCCUUCUGCGUCACCUGUCUUUCACGGACAUCUGGUACUCAUCUGUCACCGUCCCUCAGAUGCUGGCCGUGCUGUGGGAGCACGGGGCAGCUUUACCCUACGCACGCUGUGCAGCCCAGUUCUUCUUCUUCACCUUCUUUGGUGCCAUUGACUGCUACCUCCUGGCCCUCAUGGCCUAUGACCGCUACGUGGCCGUGUGCCGACCCCUGCUUUACGUCACCAUCAUGACGCAGAAGGCCUGCUGGGGCUUGGCGGCCGGGGCUUAUGUUGCUGGUUUCUGCAGUGCGUUGGUGCGGACGGUCACUGCCUUCAGUCUGUCCUUCUGUGGGGACAAUGAGAUCAACUUCAUUUUCUGUGACCUCCCUCCUUUGUUAAAGCUGACCUGUGGGGACAGCUACCCCCAGGAGGUGGUGAUCAUUGUGUUUGCCAUUUUUGUCAUCCCUGCCUGUGUGGUGGUGAUCCUGGUGUCCUACCUGUUUAUCAUCGUGGCCAUCAUGAGGAUCCCCUCAGUCGGGGGCCGGGCCAAGACCUUCUCCACCUGUGCCUCCCACCUCGUGGCUGUUGCUUUGUUCUUCGGCUCCCUCAUCUUCAUGUACCUGCGAGAUAACACGGGCCAGUCUUCACAAGAGGAUCGUGUGGUGUCUGUGCUCUACACAGCAGUGAUCCCCAUGCUGAACCCCCUCAUCUAUAGCCUGAGGAACAGGGAGGUGAAGGAGGCCCUGAGGAAAAUUUUCAACAAAGCCAAGUUGUCCUAACCAUUUCUGACCUCGGAAAAUCCUGAGAAUCUGGAUUGCUGGCAUUCCAGACACUCAUUAUUUAUAACACGCUCAAUGUUCAAAUGAAUGUGAACCAGAAGUUUUAGUUGUGGAGAGAGAAAGGAAGAAAAGGAAGAGGCCCUCUGAGAAGAGACUGGGGUGAGAGCUCAAACUGCUAGGACAAAGGCCAAAGGACCUGAAGUUAGAUCCUGUGUAAUUCCGAUGUGGCACACUUCACAGGUGUGUGGCAAUCAAACAAGUUAUGUGGUUUUUGCCAAAUGUUCUCU